AUGCCCAGCCUCGCCAUAGCUGAUAUAGCCUGCAUCUCGAAACGCAUCAAGGCCUGCUGUCGAAGGGCCCAGCUGUUGAGCACGGACGAGAUCCUCCUCAGUGCACCGCAACAGCUACAACAAGCUCUACGUAUCUCUCAAGCAGAUCUCGACCUGCUCUUGCUUCAAGUUGCUACCGCUGCAGCGCCUCCGCCCGUCUCCGUCCUCGAUGCUUUGAACGGAAAGCUCCCUGAUCAGCUUGAUCCGAGUCUCUUUGACACCGACAGGGACCAUGUCGAAUCAUCCCAGGAAUCUGAGCAGAGCAACGAUGACAGACUCCCACCUGCUUCCUUUGUUCCUCCCACGCAAGGCUAUGAUGGCAACUUUCCUGCAGCGCAACGCUUCGUGUUCGAUUCGGAUGAGUACUCGGACAGUGAUGCCGAGGCCCAAUCCGAUCAUAGCAUGCACCUCCAUGUCGAGAUGCCGUCUACUUUCCCUCCUCGAGUAACCCAACGGGACGUAGACAUGCAAGGUCAGGAAGAGCAACGUGCAGAUCCCGGCCAUGUUUCCAUUGCAGCCACCGCGAGAGACGUCCUAACUCUGGGUCGUGAUCGACAUGUGCUCACAACCGGGUCUCGAGAGCUUGACGACUUGCUCCGAGGUGGUUUGCGCUCCUCUGUCCUUACCGAGAUCGUCGGCGAAAGCGGUUCGGGAAAGACUCAGAUCGCCAUUCAGGCUUGUACCUACGCUGCGCUCGGAUUUGCACCCCUGCCGGAAAGUAAUGACCAGCAACCUCCUCCCUCAUCCCCGCCAUCUUUGGACGGCGAGCUUGCUGACGAUGCUACCCUCAGUGACAUUUUACAAGGCUAUGGCAUGGCCUCAUGGUCAGAUCCAAAGGCCUUACACCACGGCCUAGGUGCAUGCUACAUCACGUCUGCGGGCGAAAGAGGUGCCCACUCGAUCGUCAAUCGAGCCUUGCAGUUCACGCAUCAAUCCAUUCAGGAGCGCUUUCACCGAGUCUACCCAACCAUCGAGGCAGAAGGCUCUCAGCACAUUCUUAACCGCGAAAUACUGCUAGCUCGAGCACUUGAGCUUGGACGCGAUCAAGUGCUUCGCAACCUUCACGUAGCCUGCGUUGCCGACGUUGAAGCUUUGCAGCAUGCUCUCAAGUACAGUCUACCUGGCCUCAUCAGCCGCUUAGCCGAGCGAUCUGGGAAACAUCCUAUCCGCUUUGCACAAACUCAUGCGCCUUGCGCAGAGAUCGGCAUUGUGGUUGUCGAUAACCUGCCUUCGCUGUUCCAGGAAGAUGCAGUCGCCGGUGAUAUCGACUCUCUCGUCCAGCGUUCCAGGAUGCUCGUCGAAAUCGCAGAAGCACUCAAACGGCUAGCUGCCGUACAACAUCAGGGACCACCGUCGGACGAGAUAGCUUCCGCUGGUCGUCCUGUGCUCGUCCUCAAUCACGUCAGCGAUGCUUUUGGGAUCGACAAGGAAAUUGCACGACGUUUUGUCUUGGAUUCGGCUGAUCGUGUACGGUUGCAUCGCUUGCAGAAACAAGGUGCGUCUCCUCGGACAGGUACGGGACAGCUUCCUCAGUCCGCAUAUCCCGACCAUCCAGCAGCGAUGGAUUACGCUACACAAUCAGCCUUUGUUACUGGCUUGCUUGCAUCUCUCCCGCCAACGUUAGCCGAAGCAAUUGGCGCACGUAGUGUCGAUGUCGGCAGUGGCAACAACAACAACAACAACAACAACAACGACGACGGGCCACUGUACGUUCUAAGCGCCAAAACAGCACAACUGGGUCAUACAUGGACCAACCUGAUCAAUGUCCGACUGUAUCUCUCCAAGACCAGAGGCCGUGUAAGCAUGUCACCGUCUGCAUUGCACUCUGUGCGAGAAGGCGCUGGCAUUACAGAAAGUGGGCAUACCAGCACUGGUUCAGUGAGGAUGACGGUUAGAAAAGCAGCUGUUGUACUCAACCCCUUCGGACCAACCAUGCUCGAUCACGAAGGUGGCGGGAGAAGGACAAAGGUGGUGCAGCUACGAUUUCUCAUUACACCUGCUCGAGCUGUUCAUGCUUUAGCGGCGUAUUCGAUUACCGAUGCUUCUGCUUGUGCCGUCAGUGCGGAUGUUGCGGAUGUUGCGGAUGUUGCGGAUGUUGCGGAUGUUGCGGAUGUUGAGGGUGUUGCUCUACCGGCUUUGGCAUUGUCGGCAGAAGUCGCUGCUUCGAGUCACGUACAGGGUGCAGAUGCGGAUGAUGGGGAGCAAGUUUUUUUGCCCGAGACUGAAUUCGCUCCAAGAUCAUCAUCACUUGACCAUGGAUCGGUGUGA